AUGGACGGCGCCAACCACAGCUUCUCGGGGGGCUUCAUCCUGCUGGGCAUCUCCGACCACCCCCAGCUGGAGACCAUCUUGUUCGUGGUCAUUCUCUUCUCUUACCUGCUGACCGUGGUCGGGAACUCAAGCAUCAUCCUGCUGUCCCGCCUGGACGCCCGCCUGCACACGCCCAUGUACUUCUUCCUCAGCAACCUGUCCUCCCUGGACCUCGCCUUCACCACGAGCUCGGUCCCCCAGAUGCUCCUCAACCUGUGGGGGCCGGACAAGACCAUCAGCUACGGCGGCUGCGUGACGCAGCUGUACGUCUUCCUCUGGCUGGGGGCCACCGAGUGCAUCCUGCUCGUGGUCAUGGCCUUCGACCGCUACGUGGCCGUGUGCCGGCCGCUGCACUACAGCUCCAUCGUGAACCCGCGGCUGUGCCGGCUGCUGGCGGCCGGCGCCUGGCUGGGGGGCCUGGGCAACUCUCUGAUCCAGUCGACCUUCACUCUGCGGCUGCCGCUGUGCGGGCACCGGAGGGUGGACAACUUCCUGUGUGAGGUGCCCGCCAUGAUCAAGCUGGCCUGCGGGGACACCCGCGUCCACGAGGCCGUGCUCAGCGGCGUCUGCGCCUUCUUCACCGCCGUCCCGCUGGGCGUCAUCCUGGUGUCCUACUGCUCCAUCGCGCGGGCGGUGCUGCGGAUCGGCUCGGCCGAGGGCCGGCGGAAGGCCUUACACACGUGCCUGGCCCACCUGCUGGUGGUGUUCCUCUUCUACGGCUCGGCCAUCUACGGCUACCUGCUCCCGGCCAAGAGCGGCAGCCAGGACCAGGGCAAGUUCAUUUCCCUCUUCUACUCCGUGGUCACCCCAAUGGUGAACCCCAUCAUCUACACGCUGAGGAACAAGGAGGUGAAGGGGGCCCUGAGGAGGCUGCUGGGGAAGGGGAGAGAGGCUGGCUGA